UGAAAGCUGUCAGCAGAGACAGAGAACGAGGGAAGGAUGAUGCAGCUCAAAUGAGGUAAAUGAAUAAAAACAUGGAAUGAACCUCCGUCUACACCUCCAUCCAACUCAGGGAACAUCAGGGGUGCCAGGGCAACAUGUGUUCUGUUCUAUGGUGAUCGUGUUGGACUUGUUAACAUCAAAACAAAGGUUCAAAAAAUAACUUCUGGACAUUUCUCCGAGCCUGUUGCUGUAAGGUUAUACAUUUCCGUCUAGCCAAAGAGAGACUACGUUCCUCCUGAAGCGUAAUUAUCAACAGCUAUCCUCCCUGAUGUUUCUCUACAUUCUGAAAACCAACUGAGUGCCUGCAGACUGUUUGAUGCUCUCAAGAGUGAUCCUUAUCCUUACAGUAGUCCUCCAACAACAUUUCCACCAUAAUGGUCAGGUUCUUGGUUCUGGCCCUCCUGUCUCUGGCUGGUGUGACCCAGACCUCCGCUAGCCCGACCCAGGCCUCUGAGCCCUUUAACCCCACUGAGGAGCAGCCUCCCUUAGGUACAGGAAGCCUCUCAUUCCCUUGGAGCCACCUCCGUCUUCCGGGGUACAUUGUUCCUCUCCACUACCACCUCCUGCUCCACCCUAACCUCACCAUGCUCAGCUACAGCGGUACUGUCCGGAUAGAGCUCCAGGUUCAGAACAAUACCAACUGGGUGGUGCUGCACAGCAAGGGUCUCCGUAUCACUACAGCAACCAUGUUGGACCAGAACCUGGCUCACCUGUCAGACAAGGUGCUCCCUGUGCUCCACAAUCCUACCCAUGAGCAGACUGCCAUCUUCUCUCCCAGAGUGCUCAGCGGUGGGCAGAAGUACUUCCUAUUUCUGGAGUUUGGGGCGGAGAUAGGAGAAGGCUUCUAUGGCUUCUACAGGAGCACCUACAGAACCAGCAGUGGAGAGACACGGAACCUGGUCUCCACUCAUUUUGAGCCCACCAGUGCUCGGAUGGCGUUUCCUUGUUUUGAUGAGCCGAGCUUCAAGGCUAAUUACUCUAUCAGUAUCAGGAGGAGCUGGGAACACACCGCCCUGUCCAACAUGCCUGUAGAGCAGACAGUGGUCCUGGAUGAUGGUCUAAUGGAGGACCGUUUUGUUGUGAGUGUGAGGAUGAGCUCCUACCUGGUGGCCUUCAUCGUGUGUGACUUCAGAUCUGUCAGCGCAACAACGGCCUCAGGGGUCAAGGUAUCUGUCUAUGCUGCUCCUGAGAAAUGGCAGCAGACCCAUUAUGCUCUGAAGGCUGCAGUCAAACUACUGGAGUUCUAUGAGAAAUACUUCAACAUCAAAUACCCACUACCUAAACAAGACCUGGUUGCUAUCCCAGACUUUCAGGCCGGAGCGAUGGAGAACUGGGGUCUGAUCACCUUCAGAGAGACCAGCCUGCUCUUCGACCCCGCCACCUCCUCAGGCUCCGAUAGGGUCUGGGUUACCAUGGUGAUCGCCCACGAGCUCGCCCACCAGUGGUUUGGCAACCUGGUGACCAUGCAGUGGUGGAAUGACAUCUGGCUGAACGAGGGCUUCGCCAGAUACAUGGAGUACAUCUCAGUCAACGCCACAUACCCCAAACUCAGAGUGGAGGAUUAUCUGGUGGACACCUGCUUUGCUGCGAUUGGUCGAGACUCUCUUAACUCCUCCCGUCCCAUCUCCAGUGCGGCUGAGAGCCCCACACAGAUUGAAGAGAUGUUUGACACAGUAUCCUACGACAAGGGUGCAUGUGUCCUGCACAUGCUCAGACACUACCUGACUGACCAAGUGUUCCAGAGUGGAAUCGUGCGCUACCUUCGCAGGUACAGCUACAGCAACGCUCACAACCAGGACCUGUGGGACAGCCUGGCCAAUACGUGUUCAGAGGAGGAGUUCAGCUCUGGAGAACACUGUUACAGCAGCAGGCAGGCAGCUAAGAACGCAUACCUGUACACUGGGGAGCACCUGGACCUGACAUCCAUGAUGAACACCUGGACACUGCAGACAGGUGUGCCCUUGGUAACAGUUACUAGGCAGGGGUCUCAUCUCCUGCUGAAACAGGAGAGGUUCCUGAGGACCGCACAUCCUUCUGAUCCAGCAUGGCCCAGCCUGCAGCAGGGGUUCCUGUGGCACAUCCCUCUGACAUACAGGACUGACACCUCAACAAGUAUCCACAGACACCUAAUGACCACACUCACAGACAGUGUGGAGGUGGGGGAGGAGGUGGGCUGGGUGAAGGUGAAUGUGGACAUGGCUGGUUAUUACCUGGUCCACUAUGAUGGUUCAGGCUGGGACGACUUGAUACAACUACUGAAGGACAACCACACAGCUCUCACCUUCAUGGACAGAACACACCUCAUACACAACGCCUUCCAACUCACCACGGCAGGUCGGUUGUCUCUCGAUAAAUCCUUGGACCUUAUUGGCUACCUGCGAUCAGAAAGUCACACCGUUCCCUUACUCGAGGGGUUGGGCUACCUGGAAGCUUUCUACAGGAUAGUGGAGAGGAGAGACAUACCUGAUGUCACACAAAACCUCAGGACGUACAUCCUGUGGUAUUUCCGUGAUGUGAUUGACCGUCAGACGUGGAGCGACAAGGGCUCUGUGUCUGAGAGGCGGCUGAGGUCGGAGCUCCUUUCCCUGGCCUGCCAUCUAGGAGACCUCCCCUGUUUGAAGCAGGCCCAGCGCAGCUUCACACACUGGCUGGACUCCAACAGCACGCUUACCCUGCCUGCAGAUGUGGCAGAGACAGUGUAUUCAGUAGGGGCCCAGGAGGACACGGGCUGGGCGUCUCUCCUCCAGACAUACACCCACUCCCUCUCAGAGACACACAAACACAAGAUCCUCUCUGCCCUGGCCAGCAGCCGAGACACUAACAAACUAACCAGGUUGUUGGAGCUGGGUCUAGAGGGAGAGGUGAUCCGUACCCAGGACCUGGACUCCCUCAUCGCCAUGGUAGCCAGGAACCCAGGGGGACAUCAUCUGGCCUGGAGCUACGUCCAGAAAUACUGGAGCACCCUGGUGGACAAGUUCCAGUUGGGAUCGUUCUCUAUUAGAAACAUCAUUAUUGGUACCACAGCCCAGUUCUCCUCCACAGAGGAACUCACUGAGGUGCGUGUAUUCUUUGAGUCGAUCCGUGAGCAGGCAGCUCAGCUGCGAGUGACUGAGGUUGCCAUGGAUAACAUCCAGAAGAACAUCCUCUGGCUGCAAAGGAACCUGGGAACUCUGAGGAGCUGGCUGGACCAACAGAUAGACUGAAGAGAAAGAGAGAGGCAGAGGGAGGGGGGAUAGGGAGAGAGAG